GCGAGCAUACUCCACUCUGCAGUCUCAGACAACUCAGAAGUGACCCACACCAGUCUGCAGCUCUCUGCAGUUCUGUCCCGGUCGCAGAAAAACAGUGAAUAAUGUGAUAAACACACCAGGGAAGAGGAGGAUCGCGUGUCGUUUAUGGUUUUCUUCUUUGCGUUUGGCUGCGAUUUUGGGUUUCGCGCCGUCUCCGAGCGAUUCGCGCAGACCUCUCCUCAAGAGAUGCUGCCAUGUCCCGAGGGCUGUUCCCGCGAGUGAACGUGUGCUGGGUCGCGGCGCUGCUGCUCGCGCACCUGGCCGUGGCGUCCGCCGCGCGCGCGCACACCUGCAGCGAGGUGAAAACGGCUUUCCAGCUGCGCCAGAUCGGCCCGCUCAAGUGGGUACCGGAAGCACCUGCCACAGAUGUGAACCUGUUGGUGUGUAAGCAUGCUGGACCAUCCUGCUGUACACGUAAGAUGGAGGAGAGCUACAAAGUUGCAGCGGUGAGGGAUACUGUGCAGAAUAUCAGGUCAUACAGCUUCGAACUCAAAUACCUGCUCUUGGGCCAUGCUGCUGCCUUCCAGGAUACGUACCAGUCUCUGUUCACUUUCUCCCAAGGUCACCUGAUCUCUCUUUUUGAGAGCACCUACACCUCCCUGUCUUCUAGAAUCGCUCCCCAUGUCACUUCCCUCUUCUCCAGUCUUUCCAACUUCAUCCAGGACACCUCCAACAUUUCUGUGGAUGCUACUGUCUACAGCUUCUAUGACCACCUCUUCCCAAUAGUCCACAACCACAUCAUCAAGCCAGGCAUUGCUGAGGAUAACAACCUCUCUGAAUGCCUCCGUGCCACUCGCCAGGAUGUGAAUCCGUUUGGUCAUCAUGCUCAGGCCAUGGUCGAGGAGUUGGCAGGCGCCAUGCAGGCAGCCAGGGCUUUAACAAGGGCAUUUUCCAUGGGUGAAGACUUGAUGAAUGUCACAGAAAUGGCCUCUCUGACCAGCGAGUGCGCCAAAGCACUUCUGAAGAUGCAGUACUGCCCACAUUGCCAAGGCUUAACCCUCAUACGUCCUUGUCCUGAGUUCUGCCUCAAUGUUAUGCGUGGAUGCCUGGCAAAUGUGGCAGAGCUAGAUAUGCCAUGGAGGCAUUACGUGGCUAUCCUGGAGGACCUCAUACACACUGUAGCUGGAGAACACAGCCUGGAACUUGCCCUGCUUGGGGUCAGAGGUCAUGUCAACGAGGCCAUACUGUAUGCACAGCUACACGAAGCCAGGAUCAGUGCUACUGUGGAUAAAGUGUGUGGCCAGUCUGUGGCUGAAACCCAAAGUGUUCACCCCACCACUGAUACAAUGAUUCCCACAGUAACACUUUCCCCAGAGCCCACGACCAACCAGUCAGAGUCUAAUGUCAUGAAGCAGCUGGGAAGAUUAUCCCACCUACGCAGCUCGCUCCCUCUGAAACCCACCAAACACAAUAAAGAUAGAAGUCUAAAACAGAUUGCUCGGGAGUUCAUGAAGUAUAUUGAGCGCUUCAAGGCAUUUUUUGCAGCAGUGCCGGAGAUGCUGUGUGAAGGAGAGGUUGUGCGAGAUGAACCCACGUGCUGGAGCGGAAAUGACGUAGUGGAGAGUUAUAAAGGUCGAGUGGUAGGCAAUGGAAUUAUUGCUCAGAGACACAAUCCUGAGGUGAGGGUCAGAGGUCCAGAUGCUAUGCUAGCAGCAGUCAAGGAGAGACUUGUGCACUUCAACCAGGAGAUACAGAAGCACAUGCCAGGACUAGGACACAGGGAUUCAUGGGAAGACCUGGGCAGUGGUGAAGACAGCAGUGGGGAGUGUGACGAUGAGGAUGGUUGCCAGGGGUCAGGGGAAGGCACAACUGAAUCCUCUAACACAGACUCUAGUGUUGACACUGAGGUGGUGGUGAAAUCUCCUCCUCAUGAGGCUCCUGUAGGACGCUUUAAACCCAAACUCAGCAGCGCCGCUCAUCAUGUCCUGCCCUCCUUCACCAUCCUCAUCCUCAUCCUGGGACAGCAGUGGACCUUGAACUGAGAGGUUGAAGAUGCACAUAAAUAUGAAUAAAAACGCAAGAUCUUCCUUCUGCUUGGAUGCUCCAUAUCGUCUUCCAAGACUGCUGCCAUUUUUUCUUGGCAGCAAAGAUCUAAUAUAUUCUUAAAGCAUUUUCUCUUAUAUACAUACGGACAUGAUCAAGCAUAUCAAUAGCCAUAACUGCUUUUAAUCAUAUUCUCUCAGAUGAAAUGUCACUUAAAUAUCACACAUUUAACCUUCAGCCUGUCAGUGAAAUGCAUGACAGAAGCACUUCUCUAGCACUAAUGGACAAAGACAAUAUCUGAUCAGCAGGGAAUGUUUUGUUAUUAAACACAUACACACAGAGGAAGAAGAAAAAUGAAAUGUUAUUGUUAUGCUCAAUAUAAUAUGUAUAUAGUUAUAAUUCCAUAGUGAGGACAGUUUUAAAAUGAAAAUACCACAUCAGAAUCCCAACCUAUUUAACAUAACCCACUUCGAUACACACAGAAAAACACACAUAUGUCUUUUUAACCAUUAUGAAAUGACAUUGAUAGAUUCAACAAAAAAGUGCAUUAAAUAUCAGUUCAGAUUAAUCUACUGGAAUUAUCAGGUUUAAAACGUUAAGAUUUUACCCUGCAUCGAAGCCAAUGAAAAAAACAGAAAAACAGUAGGGUCAGAUGUACCAUAUGUUUUUCACAUCACCUGAAAUUUACUUAAAGCAAUGGAAACGUGUAUACAUCAAAUAUUUUUAUGAAAACUUCAGAAUUCAUCUUGGUGAUAAUAUGAGUAAUAUGUCUUCAUGUUGUAUGUUCACAUUCACUACCUAAUUUACUACCAUUCUUAAAGGACUAGCUAAGUUUUCAUCCACUCUAACUUAUUUUUUAAGGUCCAAAUUCCAGAAUAGUCAUUGCAUCUGAAAACUGAGUCCUGAUCGUACAUAUGUUAGAAUUUUGAUUGUAAAUUCGUAGUUUAAGCUUCCUGUAUUACUAAAUUCCUUAAAGUUCAAGCGCCAAAUAAAAUUAACUUUUUUACUGCACUUUAAAAGUGAUUGUAACAGUUGAUUAUAUUUAAAAUUUAUAUUUCACUUCGUAACCAGUUGCUGGGAUGGAAACAUGGUUAUUAUUAUAGGGAUCUUCAACCCUGGUUUUUCUGUUUCCCCUCCUUUCCUAUUCACCUAUACAAACUUUUGUUGCACACCGUUGCAUAUUUUUACAUAGCAGUCGGACAUCAGUUUUUUAGGACUGGUAAAUUUAGGACUUAAAAAUUACUUGUGCAUCUCUUCUGCCUUAUCGGCAUUUAGCAUAGCAUAUGUAUAAAUGUAUAUAUUUAAGGUCAUUCACUGUUUUGUCUGUGUAUUACUUUUUUUUUUCUUUUGUAUUGUGAAAGGUGCAGUGCGAGAGGCAAUGAAUCCUUGUUAGAGGUCUGGAAAUAAAUUUAUAUAUAUAUAUAUAUAUAUAUAUAUAUAUAUAUAUAUAUAUAUAUAUAUAUAUAUAUAUAUAAAGUCAAGAAGAUUCAUUAAAAGAAAUGCCAUUUUUCCUACUUCCCACACUUCUGGAAUGAUUUACUUUUUUUUUUUUUUCCAGUUUACAUUGAUUUCCCCAAAACAAAACAAACAAAAAAAAGGACUAUAACAACUCAUUUAAACUUGCAAAACAUUCUGAUUUACUAACUUUUGCAUUAACAAGACUUUUGUAAAUUUGUCUUCAACUUGGAGAAACAGGAAUAUGCAAAUUUAAUAAAUGCCUUUUGGUUGUACUAAUUACUGACUUAGUAAGUCACACUGCAAGUGCAAAGUUAAUCGAUUUGCAUUGACUCUACCAUUUAUUUUGCACCUUUAGGUAGAAACAGCCUUGCAUUUUACAUAUUCAUUAAGGUAUGUUGCCCUGUUGGUAAAUCAUCACAUAAUAAUUGAAUAUGUUUGCACAUGUUUUUGCACAAGUAAACCUUUAAUAAAUCAGUCCAUAAGUUUUUUUUUUUAAUUAACUAAAAUGGAACAAUGAAUUAAAUUGUCAUGAUAUACUGGUGCCUACAUCUCUUAUUUUGGGUAAUCUCUUACUUGGAAAAAACAAACCAUUUAUAUCUUCAUAAUACUGUAUAAUCCCAGUGCCAUUGUAAUUAUGUUGCAGUUGGCUCAAGAGUUACACAGAUGAACCUCAGUGUGAAGGAAUGGCUUUUUUGUAGACUCCAUUCAAUUUAACAGUCCUCUAAAUGACACUUACUUUCAUUUUCUCACUGAUGGUCUGUUAAGAUGUGGUUCAAUUGAGAUUACAUAGCCUAAGCCAAAAGUGAAAACAUGUUUACUUGUUUUAAAAAUUAAUUUGAGAAUGAUUUAUUUGACAAGACAUGGAUGCAAAUCUGAAAAUACGACUAAGCUAACUGUCAGUUAGCUGAAUGUACGACAACUUACCUUUCUGAAUUUAAGAUUUUUACAUUAUAUGUUAAUGAAAGUCAACUACAUGCUUAUUUUAAGUACCUUAUAGGUUUGACUUAAAAUACUGUUGUAAAAGUAUGCUGGAGACCUUUAAAAGCCUUAUUUGCUUUUGCUUGUUUGAGCAGGGGUUACUGUCAUAAAGUCAUUAUUUCUACAAUUUCAUUAAUACAUUGUUUUAAAUAAAUCUUUACAUUACA